GGCGGUUUUCCGCGCUGCUCUGAGCUACACGCGCGCGUGCACGCGGGGCUCCGGGAUGGAGCGCGCUCUCAGCGCAUGAUGCUGGCGGUGCUGUUUUUCCGUCCUCACGGCAGAACUCAGCAUGUAGCCUUCAGACCGAGACCGGACACCGCACAUCUCCACCCCGCCGAGCCGCCGCUCCCGCACCCGCUCCCGCAUCCCGCACCCGCUCCCACACCGCCCGAGCAGCCGGGAUGGCCGGGGGGCGCAGAGGACUUGUAGCCCCACAGAACACUUUCCUCGAGAACAUCGUUAGAAGAUCCAACGUUUGGACAUUAUCUCAUAGACAGACAGAUACAAAUUUUGUGUUGGGGAAUGCCCAGAUUGUGGACUGGCCCAUUGUGUACAGUAAUGAUGGAUUCUGCAAGCUCUCUGGUUAUCAUCGAGCUGAGGUCAUGCAGAAGAGCAGCACCUGCAGCUUCAUGUACGGUGAGCUCACCGACAAAGAGAUGGGCGAGAAAGUACGCCAGACCUUCGAGAACUACGAAAUGAAUUCCUUUGAAAUUCUGAUGUACAAAAAGAACCGUAUGCCUGUGUGGUUCUUUGUGAAGAUCGCUCCCAUCCGCAAUGAGCAGGACAAAGUUGUGCUCUUUCUUUGCACCUUUAACGACAUCACUGCGUUUAAGCACCCCAUUGAAGACGAAUCAUCCAAAGGAUGGGGGAAGUUUGCCCGUCUGACCCGUGCUUUGACAAGUAGCCGUGGUGUCCUUCAGCAGCUGGCUCCCACUGUUCAUAAGGGCGAGAAUGUCCACAAGCACUCCCGUUUGGCUGAGGUUUUACAACUGGGUUCAGACAUCCUCCCCCAGUACAAACAAGAGACGCCCAAGACCCCACCCCACAUAAUCUUACAUUACUGCACCUUUAAGACCACCUGGGAUUGGGUGAUUCUCAUCCUCACCUUCUACACCGCCAUCAUGGUGCCGUACAACGUCUCCUUCAAGACCAAGCAGAACAACGUGACCUGGCUGGUGGUGGACAGCAUCGUGGACGUGAUCUUUCUGGUGGACAUCGUGUUGAACUUCCACACGACAUUUGUGGGUCCUGCUGGGGAGGUCAUCUCAGACCCGAAGCUGAUCCGCAUGAACUACGUGAAGACCUGGUUCGUGAUCGACUUGCUCUCCUGUCUGCCCUACGAUGUGAUUAACGCCUUUGAGAAUGUGGAUGAGGGAAUCAGCAGCCUGUUCAGCUCUCUGAAGGUGGUGCGGCUGCUGCGUCUGGGGCGUGUGGCGCGGAAGCUGGAUCACUAUAUUGAGUAUGGGGCUGCUGUACUGGUCCUGCUGGUCUGUGUGUUUGGCCUGGCUGCCCACUGGCUGGCCUGUAUCUGGUACAGCAUUGGGGAUUAUGAGGUCAUCGAUGAAGGAUCUAACAGGGUACGGACGGACAGCUGGCUGUAUCUGCUCGGUGAAGCGGUGGGCACGCCGUAUCGCUUUAAUGCCAGCGGCACCGGCAGGUGGGAGGGCGGCCCGAGCAAGGACUCUGUCUACAUCACCUCACUGUACUUCACCAUGACCAGCCUGACCAGCAUCGGCUUUGGAAACAUCGCCCCCACCACGGACGGAGAGAAGAUAUUCGCUGUGGCCAUGAUGAUGAUCGGCUCUCUUCUGUACGCCACCAUCUUUGGUAACGUGACCACCAUCUUCCAGCAGAUGUAUGCCAACACCAACCGCUACCAUGAGAUGCUGAACAGUGUGAGGGAUUUCCUGAAGCUCUACCAGGUCCCCAAGGGCCUGAGUGAGAGAGUCAUGGACUACAUUGUCUCCACUUGGUCCAUGUCCAGGGGAAUCGACACUGACAAGGUGUUGCAGAUCUGCCCGAAGGACAUGCGAGCAGAUAUCUGUGUCCACCUCAACAGGAAGGUGUUUAAAGAGCAUCCUGCGUUCCGCUUAGCCAGCGACGGCUGUCUGAGAGCUCUCGCCAUGGAGUUCCAGACUGUACACAGCGCUCCGGGGGACCUCAUCUACCACGCGGGCGAGAGCGUGGACAGCCUCUGCUUCGUGGUCUCUGGAUCCUUGGAGGUCAUUCAGGACGACGAGGUGGUCGCCAUUUUGGGAAAAGGGGAUGUGUUUGGAGAUGUUUUCUGGAAGGAAGUGAAUUUAGCGCAGGCCUGUGCGAACGUUCGGGCGCUAACGUACUGUGAUCUUCAUAUCAUCAAGCGGGACGCCCUGCAGAAGGUUCUGGAGUUUUACACGGCCUUCUCCAACCACUUCGCCCGGAACCUGGUGCUGACCUACAACCUGAGGAAGCGGAUAUUCUUCCGAAAGAUCAGCGAUGUGAAGCGGGAGGAAGAGGAGAUGUUGAAGAGGAAGGACGAAGCCCCUCUCAACCUUCCUCCGGACCAUCCUGUUCGCCGCCUCUUUCAGCGGUUCCGUCAGCAGAAGGAGGCCCGGUUGGCAGCAGAGCUGGCCAAUCAGGGGGAAGUGGACGUGGAGAAAGGUUCUGUUCUUAUGGAAAGAAAGAGUGUGAUCCAUGAGGUCAGUGGAAGCAGCCUUGUUACAGUCGCUGAGAGUCCUGCCACGCCCCUGGCCUCCUCCUCCUCUCUAUCUUCCGCUGCAAGGACCUCAAAUCAGGCCAAACUUCAUGCCGCCAUCGGGGCCAGCAGUAAUUCAACAGGAAGUAAACUGGCUGAAGCUCCCAAAGGCAAAGGCUGGGGCCGGUUUAAGGAAGCCUCAGGAAAAGCAGAUCUGUCCUGGAGUUCAGUCUCCAAAGCAGAGUCCAUGGAAACCCUGCCAGACAGGACUAAGAGCCAGGAUGAGCUACCACUGAAGAAGACAGACUCCUGCGACAGCGGCAUCACAAAGAGCGACCUACGACUGGACAACAUGGGGGAAGGGACCACCCGGACCCCUCAGGACCAGAGCCCCACGCAGGCAGAGGGGAGGAGGGUCUUCUACCCCAUUCCAGAACACAGCAUCCAGGCUUCCUUCCUGGAGCUGAAGCGGGAGCUGAGAGGAGACAUCUGCUCCCUCAAUAACCGCAUGGCUGUACUGGAGAGCCAGCUAGCCGAGAUGCUAAAACUGCUAAAAGCAAGAAAGACCUCAGGGUUAUCGAAACCUCAGUCACCUGAUUUAGACAAAAGAGACGACAUAUCAUCUUAACCAGCCAAUCCCUGAACAGGGUACGGCUUUUAGAGACACAGAUUCCAAUGGGCUUCUGAAAUAAAACACCAUCUAGUUCUAUUAUGAAGGGGAGCUCUUCAGAAUUUAAACUGAACACCACCUCGGCUGUACGACUGAGGGCCAUGUUAGAGAUUUAUUGCAAUAAAGCUGUGAGACCAACAGCAUACCAAUCGCUUAUUUCUUUAAUUUUCCUUUAGAUGUUUCAGUUUGGUUGGAUAUUGGGAUCAUUAGAACAUUUUCAUAGAUGAUUACAUUCGUAGAAUUUACAGUUACUGUAAUUUUUUUUUACUUUUCUCUUAUUGUUUUGAUCAUUUUUAGUUACAUAGCCUCGUAAGUAAAAUGCAAAGAAACAAUAGUAACUUAACCCUUUCAGACCUGAAUUCCAAAAUAGAAAGAGGCGUCUGACUGUUGACGGGUUUUAUUCAGUCAGUGGUGCACCUGUGUUUUCCGUUGGGAAGGUUUUAAUACACCAUAACACUCCACACUUCUAGACCACCACACCUAUCGGAGUAGACAAAUUUGUAAACUUCGUCACUAUUUAAACAAGAUAGGACCCUCUAUGUUUGAUAUUGACCUUUUUAUUGAUUUAGACCAUACCUGAACAUACUUAAAAAAGUGAAGACCCUUAAAAAAUGACUUAUUAAAAAUUAACACUUACUUUGCCUCAUUGGGUCUAAUGUUGACAUCCCCUAAAGUUUUUGAGGUGUUUUUGUCCAGUGCAGUGGGCGGGGCUAAACUGUUUCAUUGGCUAGUUUGUAUUUGUAUUAGCUGAUUGUGAAUUCUAAUGGACAACAAGUCUUGAUUAGUGUCAUGUGUAACAAUGGAUGUAAUGAAUGCAGGGUCUGAAAGGGUUAAGAUCUUAAAAAUGCAAUGUGAAAGGUGCCUCUGUUGAUUUAAGAGAACUGGUUGCUUUUUUGACAAUCUCACUCUUUAAUGUUUUUAAACACAAAAAAUAACCAGAUAAUAAAAACAGAUAAAUUGCAAAUGGCAAAUGCAUUUUUACAUAAUUUCAAAAGUAAUAAACUACCAUCCAUUGAAUUAACUUUUAUAAGGACAACAAUAAGAUAAGUGUAAGAAUAAAGAAUAUGGUGAAUAUCGUCUUUUUGAAGAACAUUCUAUGGAUGUGUAAUACAUGAAACUAUGCAUGGAUCAGAUAAAGCUUAGUAACAGUAAAUAAGCAUGGAAUUUGUAAUAAUGUGUGUCAUUAACAUGCUUAUAUGUUCUACAAUCAUGUAAAAAAAAAUAGAACAGCCUGCAAAAUCAUUUGUCUUUUGUCUUUAAAUGGAUACAUGAGUGACAGAAAAGACAGAUACUGAGAGACAGAAAUAUAUAACUAAACAAAUAAAACUGAAGAAAUGUCUUUUUAGGUUCAUUUUUCUGAAGAAAAUAUGUUUUCUUUUAAGGAAAACAUUAACACAUCAUCUGCAGCUAAUGUAAUACACCUCAUUCUUGUUACUUUUUAUUUUACUUUUUCUUUAUACAUUUUAGGUAAAUUUUCCUUAUAAAAAUGCAAAAUUAAAAGACAUUUCUCCAGUUACAUAACCUCUCUUUAUCAAAAAAAAAAUGUUUAGUGCAAAUGUGUAGAUAUGCCAAAAUAGACAAUGAUUUUUAUGGGCUGUUUUUAUUUUUAAAUGUCUGUAUGUACAUUCACACAAAUUUCCAAACUAUUUUUUAUAACAUGUCUUAUCAAAAAUUGAAUUAGUAUGUAUAACGUCUAGCUAUAACAAAUUAUCUGUGGAAAAAAAUGCACAUUUUGCACUUACAGUCCCUCUGUAGAUGGUUUGUCAUUUACAUGCGUCACUAAAAUGGUUGUACAGGACUGUGCAAUUGUGAAUGAAAGUUCUAAAGUAAAAGUAAGUUUUUUUUUGUCUGAGAUGAUUUAGGUUAAAAUGUACCUGAAUGGAAUUUUAUUUUCUGUUACACUGUAACACUUUAAUCUCAUGGGUAAAAUCUGCUGGAUCUGGGAAAUCAGUGUUUUAAAAAACAUUGUUUAAAAGGGGAACAGACUGAAGAAAAAAUGAGAAAAUGAGUUUAUCAAUAAAAUAUAAUUUUUAUAUAAA